AUGGCUUAUCGACAGUGGAGCGGUGCUACUAAUUACCACAGGCUUUUAAGCACGUACGUGAACCAGACAACAACCCACGGAAUACGUAAGAUCACCACAAGUCGGCACCCUGCUCGGAAAGUCUUCUGGAUCUUAGUCUUCCUCACUUCGCUGGGUGGCUGCUGCUACCACUGCAGCUACCUCAUAGGUAACUACCUCAGCAAUCCAAAGGUGACCAUAACCCAAGAAAAAGACGCAGAACACGUGGAAUUUCCGUCGCUCACAGUUUGCAAUCUGAAUGUUAUCAAGAAGGUAAAUAAUCAACCUUGGGAUUAUGCACACCAGUAUUUUGAGAUGACAUCUUUCAGAAGAAAUAACGUAUCUUCAGGCAGAAACAAUUCUACGACCAAAGCGUCUAAUACUUGCUACCAGUCAGAAGAAGAGCUAGUGGAGAAAAGUGCCGUAGAUUUGAGUGAUACGUGGCUUAGUCUCGGAGUCACCAAAGAUGACCUAUCAGAAUAUGGCCACAAAGCGGAAAAUCUUAUCAUCCAAUGUACUUUCAACAGCAAGGAUUGUUUCGGUAAUAACACAACUUUCCACGUUAAAAUUACGAAUGUGACUUCGCCUAUAUUUGGCUUAUGUCACACCCUUUCUGUUAAAAAAAACGACACUGAUGAAGCAAUGACAAUUAAAAAAGGAGGAACAACACAAGGAAUUCGUCUCACUUUAAAUAUUGAAAGAUCAGAAUACUGGAAUUUGAUAUCCGCAGAAUAUGGCGUGCGACUGUUGGUUCACCCUCAAGGGACAUUUCCAACUUUGCAAAGGGGAGGAAUCAUAGCCAGUCCGGGACGAAGCGUCCAUAUUGGAGUCAAAAGGAAAUUAACCAAACGUCUGCCUGGUUAUGAGGGGUCUUGCACAGAAACAUUCAUGGAAUCACCAAUAAGAACAAAGUUGAAGUCUUUACAUUUAGAUUUCGACUUAGAGAAUUUGAAAUACACUUACGAGCACUGCAACACGUUGUGCCAGAAUACAUUGUUAUUUUCCAAAUGCCAAUGUCUGGAUGAACAACCAACUAGUGCAACUAUAGCCAAAUGGAAGUUUUGCAACCCUUGUAACAAGACAGCAGCAAAAUGUAGAGGAGAGGUUUUGCGGAACUUCACCGACUCUGGAAAUGAUUGCGACGAUAUUUGUAAGCCAUCUUGCAAGUCAAUCCGCUAUGACAUCUCUUUAUCGAAAGCUGACUGGCCAAACUUGAACCACCAGCAGUUUGUGAUGAACAGGUCCUUCGAGCAGUGGAGACAUAUUCCUGAAGCACUGGGUCUCCUGGACUCCCUUGAAUACGAGGGUGGUAAUGUUACCGACAUAGUAAACGACACUUUUUUUAGUGAGAACUUGCUUCGGGUUCAUGUAUUCAUUGAAGAAAUGAUUUAUAUGUCCAUAGAAGAAACUUACAGCUAUACGUUACCCAAACUGAUGGCCGAUUUGGGUGGUUGCCUGGGUCUCUAUUUGGGUGUGUCUGUCAUUUCUAUCAUCGAAUUUAUCGACUUGUUCGGUAGCACAUCUCUUCUGUGCCUGCUGGGAACCGGAGAUACGCGUUCUUCUGAGCGAAGAACCGGAUCCAGAAAGCGCAGAAAAAGAAACCGGACAUCGGAAAGUGGCCCCAAAAUUGAUUUUUUUAGAAGGAGAUCGCAGGCAAACAAAAAUAUUUUCAGGAACGUCGACCACGGGUGGAGGAAUUCAGCGUUUUCAACAAAAGAUGUUUACUAUCAAAAUGAAGGAUCAUCAAGAAAACAAGGAAUGCGGUGGUCAUAAAUAAGUUCUACAAUUAUUCCAUGAAUAUUUUGUGAAAAGAGAUUAUCUGAAUGCAUAUGUAUGAAU